AUGCCCCGAGAUUGGGCGCCCGCCAACCAACGGCUGCGGCGGGCACACAGAAGCCCAGUGUCCACCCCGCCCUCUCGCUGGCGGCGCCGAGCGAGCUGCGCUAAGCUCCGCCAGGCGAGCCCUCGGCGCUCCCGGGUCGCUGGAAGCCCGGGCCGGCGAGGACUCCCCCUGGCGCUCCCCGAAAAAAAAAAAAAAAAAAAAAAGGGUGAUGUUGAGAAGGGAAAGAAGAUUUUUGUUCAGAAGUGUGCCCAGUGCCAUACUGUGGAAAAGGGAGGCAAGCACAAGACUGGGCCAAAUCUCCAUGGCCUGUUUGGGCGAAAGACAGGUCAGGCUGUCGGAUUCUCUUACACAGACGCCAACAAGAACAAAGGCAUCACCUGGGGAGAGGAGACACUGAUGGAGUAUUUGGAGAAUCCCAAGAAGUACAUCUCUGGAACAAAAAUGAUCUUCACUGGCAUUAAGAAGAAGGGAGAAAGGGCAGACUUGAUAGCUUAUCUCGAAAAAGCUACUAAUGAAUAAUAGUUGGCCACUGCCUUAUUUAUUAUGGAACAAAUGUCUCAUGACUUUUUAUGUGUACCGUAUUUAAAUUGAUCUCAUACACUAGAAUUCAGAUCAUGAAUGGCUGAUGUAAUAUUUCUGUCCUGAUUUAAAUAAGAUUGGCUCGUGGCUAAAUGAAUAUGGUCAGCUUUUUGAAUUUUGAUAGUAAUUCUGGCUCAGCAAGUACUAUCACUAUUUUCCCCUUCUAAAGAGGUGAUUAAACUUGAAUAAGGAAUGUUACACUUUUCAGGGAUAUGGUGAAUGCCUUCUCAAACCCUAUCGGAGAUUGGUUUUAUAUUUAGAUUUCUAUAACUGGUUAUAUUAAUAUACUUAAAUAUUGAGAAGCUCCCUUCACUGUCUCAUAGACCAGCAAGAUUCACCUGUGUUUCAAGUUGUGUUCAUUCACCUGUUAAGGCAAGGGCUGAAGAUACACUGACAAUGUCCACUUUACCUUUUUUGGUCUUAACUAUGCCAAUUUAAUUAAA